GUAACAAGUGAUUAACAUGCGUAUAACUAAAUUUCAUAUAAUGCCUAUCGUUAAGUCAGUUAGAUUGCGUCCAGCAUUUUGUUUACAUGGAUGAGGCUAGGCAGUAGUACUUAAUCUUUCCUUACCCCCCCCCCCCCCUCCGUCUAAUUACACACUACCACGCUGUCUAUCUCAUGUGUUUUAUUGUAUUAUAUGGCAUGAUAUUAUUGUGCCUAAAAUAAUAUAAAAGCGACUCAGGUAUCACAAUACGAUUAUUAAGUACCAGUUAAUUGUAAAUUUACUCAUCAAAAUGAAAUUUAUUCUUCCAUUAAGUUUGGUACUCCUUAUGGCUUUAGUCUACACUGAAGCAAGACCAGGAAAUGAUAAUGAAAUGCAAAAAUCUGCAAUUGAAGUUGGUCAGAAAUUAAAGGCAGUACUUAUUAAACUGUUUACAAAAGUUCGUCAACAAAUAAGGGACUAUUUUAGUCAAGAUGAUUUAGGUGAAAAGCUUAAAGACGUACUAAAUAUUCUCCUUCAACGUUUGAGUAGACGCCUAGACAACUAUACAUCAAAGAUGGAGUAAACUCAACUAACUAAAACAAUAAUUAAAUUAUCAACAUACAUAUGUAUGUUAGUUGAAAAUAAAACGAAUCAACAAUUCAUUUGUUGAUGAACUGAUAUUUUAUUGUAAUUAUUUAUAUUUUAAAUUGAAUUGUAAUCAGAUAUCUUCUUUUUCAAAGGACUGGAAAUUUUUUUUUUUCAUUAAAAAUGUUGUAAUAAAAUUACUGAAAAUCAUUUGAAAAUGAUAUUUUUAUUUUAAACAUGAAACUUAGAACUUUGGGUUAAUUUUUAGAAUUCAAGAUUGAUUGAAUUAUACAAAACAUUUUGCAUCUAAAGUUGAUUGAAUAUCAUACUUUCGAGAAAAAAAAUGAAUAAUUUAGUCAUUAAAACAUUUCAGAUAACUUAGUCCUGAAUACUAAUAAUGUUGAAUGACUGUAAAUGGAAAAAAAGUCAAAUUCAGGGAUAUAAUGAAACUGGUGGUUUUCUGAAGUGAAAUACAUUACUCAGUUAGUAAUAAUAAUAGUAAUAUCUGAUGAAUAUCUAUG